AGUCAGUGUGCGUCGUGGGAGCAGCUCAACAGUGACAGCAGCUGAGAGCCCUUCCCAGCAGCGCCGGACGGGAGCUGCACCUCUCCAAAUCUCUUGCGGCGUUGAAGAAGCUCGCGCGCCGCAGAGCCGAGGGUUGUCGAACAGGAAAAGUUGGCUCUAAGAGUUUUGUUUAUUUCAUUGUUUUUUUUUAUUUCGCCCGCAAGGACGAAUGCUCGGCAUACCUGUGUGGAUCGUGGCCCGCCUCUAAACCCCCCCCCCAACUCCUUGCGUGAGGUUCAUUUCGUUUCCAUCUCCCAGUGGCUCUGCGGUCACGAAGGUCCCUGACAAGGGAGAGCGAUGACAGUCCGGGGACUCCGCCUCGUGUCCCUCUGCCUCGCGACGCUCCUCUGCUGCCACGCCAGCCACACGGAACUACGACUCCAGGUGCCGGAGGAGCAGCCGCCCGGCUCCGUGCUGGGCAGCCUGGCCCAGGCCCUGGGGCUGACGCCACGAGAGCUUCGCGACCGCGGAUUCCGGCUGCUUCCGCCGCCGCCGCCUGGCCACGGCGCCGCCGCCUCCUCCUCGCCGCGCCUCCUCGUUCGCCUGCGCGAGGCCACGGGCGAGCUCGUGUCGCUGGGCCGCCUCGACCGCGAGGCCCUCUGCCCCGCCGCGGCCGCCCAAGUCGCCCCGCCGCCGCCGCCGUCGUCUCUCUCCGCCGGCGCGGCCGCGGCGGCGGCCGCCGUCGGAGGUCCCGCCGCCGCCGCCGUCGCCGCCGGCGGGGGGGGCGAGCCGGCGGCGUGCUCCGUGGCGCUCGACGCCGUGCUGGAGAGGCCGCGGCGCUCGGCGGUGCGCGUGGUGCUCGACAUCCUGGACGUGAACGACAACGCGCCGCGUUUCGAACCUCGCUUGCGGCGCGACGACGACGACGGCGACGACGACGGCGACGGCGACGGCGGCGGCGAAGAAGAAGAAGAAGGCUGCGCCCGGGUCGCCGUGUCCGAGUCGGCGCGGCCCGGGACGCGCUUCGCGCUGCCCGCGGCCCACGACGCCGACGCGGGGCCCAACGCGCGCCUGCGCUACGCCCUCAACGCCAGCGACGCCUUCUACCUGAGGGUGUCCCGUGGCGACGACGACGACGACGACGACGGCGACGACGGCGGAGACGGCGGAGACGGAGAUGGCGGGGGAGGGUUCCCCGAGCUGGUGCUGCGCAGGCCGCUGGACCGCGAGCGGGAGGCCGAGCACCGGCUGCGCCUCACGGCCACGGACGGCGGCUCCCCGGCGCGGGUGGGCGUGUGCGGCGUCGUGGUGCGCGUGCUGGACGCCAACGACAACGCGCCGGCCUUCGAGCGGCCGCACUACCACGUCGAGGUGCGGGAGGGCGCGCCGCCGGGCACCGAGGUGGCGCGCGUGCGAGCCGUCGACCCGGACGAGGGCACCAACGGGCGCGUGGCGUACGCGCUGAGCCGGCACGCGGGCGAGCGGGCGCGCCGCCUCUUCUCCGUCGAGCCGCUCUCGGGCGCCGUGCGGCUCGCGGCGCCGCUGGACCGCGAGCGGCGCGCCGUCGAGGAGCUGUACGUGGAGGCGCGCGACAUGGGCCCCGACGGCGUGGCGGCGCACUGCAAGGUGACGGUCGCCGUGCUGGACGACAACGACAACGCGCCGGAGAUAUUCGUCUCGGCGCCGAACGACGGCGGCGGAGCCGGGGCAGCCGGGGCAGCCGGGGCAGCCGGGGCAGCCGGGGCAGCCGGCGCGCCGUCUUCCCCGGACGUCGCGGUCGUCACCGUCGGGGAGUCGCGCCCGCCCGGCUCGUUCGUGGCGUUCGUGCGCGUGGCGGACGGCGACGCGGGCGACAACGGGCGGGUGGAGUGCUUCCUGCGGGGCGCGGGGCCCUUCGCGCUGCGGCCGUCCUUCGAGAACGGCUUCGCGCUCGUCACGAGCGACGCCCUCGACCGCGAGCGCGCCGGCCGCCACGGCGUGACGGUGGUGGCGCGCGACGCCGGGCGCCCGCCGCUCGCCUCCUCCAAGGAGAUCGUGGUGAUCGUCGCCGACGAGAACGACAACGCGCCGCGGUUCGGCGCGCCGUCGUACCGCGCGUCCCUGUCGGAGAACAACGCGGCCAACGCGCCGAUCCUCGCCGUGUCGGCGCGCGACCCCGACGACGGCGAGAACGGCCGCGUGAGCUACUCGAUCGGCGCGGGCGAGGCCGGCGGGCUGCCCGCGGCGGCGCUGGUGUCGGUGGACGAGCGGAGCGGCGAGGUGCGCGCGCUGCGGCCCUUCGACCACGAGAGGCUGCAGGCGCUGAGCUUCGAGGUGGUGGCGCGGGACCACGGCGCGCCGGCGCUCAGCGCCACGGCCACCGUCGCCGUCGACGUGCUGGACCGCAACGACAACGCGCCCGCCGUCUCCAAGCCGCGGCUCCGGCGCGGCAACGCCACGGUGUACGCGCUGUGGAGCACGCCCGCCGAGGCGCAGCUCGUCAGGAUCCAGGCCGUCGACGAGGACCCCGGGGACAACGGGAAGCUCGCCUUCCGCCUGCUGCGCGGCAACGACGGGGGCCUCUUCCGCCUCGACGGGGACACGGGCGAGCUGGCGACGACGCGCGACUUCGCGGAGGGCGACCGCGCCAGCCACGAGCUGCUGCUGGAGGUGAGGGACCACGGCAAGCCGUCGCUGUCGUCGCUGGCCACCAUCCACGUCGUCCUCACCGACAUCAUCCCCGCGCGCCACCACCGGGACGGCGACGACGGCGACGACGGCGACGGCGACGGCGGCGGCCUCUUCAUGGGGCUGCCGCUCAUCCUCAUCGUGGCGCUCGCGGCCGUCUGCUCGGUGCUGCUCAUCACCAUGGUGGCGGUGGCCGUCGUGUGCAAGCGCGAGAACAAGGAGAUUCGCACCUACAACUGCCGCGCCGCCGAGACCACGUACUGCCGGAAGCCGGAGAAGAACGGCGGCGGCGGCGGCGACGCGGGCCGCGGCCUCCCCUCGUCGUCCGAGCCGGGCGGCAACGGCGCCCCGCCGCCCGACGUCAUGCUGGGCCUCGGGGCGAGGGCCUCGCUCGAGCGGCUGUCCCGCCUGCUGGCCGAGACGUCGACGGCGGCGGGCGGGAGGGGGGGAGGCUCGCAGGCCGACAUCGCGCGGGAGCACGCCUGGAUGGCCGACGAGACGGAGUCGCUGCCGGCAUGCUACCCGGCGCUCGGAGGGGCGGCCCGCGGGGCGAUGCGGACGUUCCGCUGCUGGGACGAGGCCACGAGCGCCGCGGCGGCGGCGGCGGCCGCUGGCGCCGCGGUGGCGCGGUACUGCUCGCCGGUGAGAGAGACGAGAUGCUGA